GGCAACGAAUAGGCGCUCCGCUUUUACCGCCGCUCCGGAUGUUCUGAUGAAAAUCCUGAUUGCGGGAUCAAUUUUGCAGAAACUUUGUGAUGGGCUUGUUAGCUAGCUAACUAGUUCAGAGAGCAGCGUGGUGAGCGUAACUAAACCUGAAGCUUUUAACGUAGCGAUGUUAGUCUGUCGCCGUAACCCUUUUGUGAUGUUAGCGAAGUUAGCUAACCUAGCUAACCUAGCUAGCUGAGAAUGAUCAAAGUCGUCUCUAUGGGGUGCGCUUUAUUAUGCACCUAGAACGCUUAGCUAGCUGGUAUGUAUUGGACUUUAGAAGGCUAAGCUAGUGUGCAUUUGUGUUCUAACAAUAACACUGAGCUGGUGCGCACUUUUGUCCUAGAACGCUUAGCUAAUGCAUACUUGUGACCUAGAAGUCUUAACUAGCACAUAGUGUGCACUUGUGUUCUACCUAGAGCGCUAAGACAGCUAAUGGACAGCGGCCUACGCAAUCUGGAGAUCCAUCCAACAGAACGUCGAUUAACGUUACCUUUCUUUAUUCUUUAACUAGUCAGAAUAUCAAAGUACGACACAAAAGCCUUAUCUUUAUGAGGACACAGAUGACGCUAAGCCAGAGCAGAUGACCUUAGGCGACGUUAAGAAGUGUAAUUUAGUUGGCAGUUUGCUCCAUUGGUGGUUCUUAGACCGGGAUUGACUGGUAUUGAUUUGAGAUGACGGUGAUAAACAGCCUUGUACCAGCUCGGUUUCUCACGCUCACCGCACACCUUGUCAUUGUCAUCACCAUCUUCUGGUCACGGGACAAUAAUGUUAGGGCCUGCUUGCCUCUGGACUUUACUGAGGAAGAGUACAGAUCUGAGGACACCCGGUUGGUUAUAGCUCUAUCUGUAACUCUGGGCCUGUUUGCUGUCGAACUGGUUGGAUUCUUCUCUGGUGUCUCUAUGUUCAACAGUAACCAAGGACUCUUGUCUGUGGCAGCUCACUGCAGCGCCUCCGUCAGUCUGUCCUUCUUUGUCUUCCAACAGUGGGAAUGCUGGACCUACUGGAUAAUUUUUGCCCUCUGCAGUGUGAUUCCUGCACUCUGUGAGCUGGUUCAGAUUGUUGCAGUGCUUGGUCUGAAGAAGAAACCGAUGUGAAUGUUGCCUUUUCCUGCUAUUGUUCAUGUUCCUCAUGUAGACCUCAUCAGGGUUAUUGGAUUAGGAAUUACACAUGACCAGAAGGUUUUCAGAGUUUGGCUUUGAAAACCUGUCAAACCAAAGUGGGAUAUUGUUUGAAGAGAUAUACAGUUGGCAGUUGGGACCUCUGGAAAGAAUUAUCAUGAAUUUUGUUAAAUUCUCUGAAUGCAUAUUUUCCACAAUUGGAGUGCAUUGGCCAACGGUUGGCAAGGU